AAUUGAGAACUGAUCAGUGUUCGAAAAAACUCACAAACGAAAUACGAGAUUGUUGUCGCCGUUUAUUUUUUAAUUUUUUGUUGUUUGUAGAACAUUAAUUUUGAAAUGUUAUCACGAUCGUUAUGGAUGCAUGUACUCAUAGUACUUGCGGCCAUUGCUUGGGCAAAUGCCGAAGAUCAAGCAAAUGCAACCGCUGUAGAUGAUAAAAAAUUAGCAAAACGUGCUAUUUGUAGCACUUGCUCAUACAAUGGACGUACGUAUUACACAUACGGGGAUGGCAGAACAGUGGAAAGACAAUACUAUCAGGAUCCCUAUUACACACAAUAUUCACGUGCCGAUGUCCAUGUGAAUGGCUGCCACGGUAAUCCCUGUGGUGUGAAUGCCAUGUGCCAGGAAACAGCAGGCGGCCGUCCUGUUUGCUCCUGUCCCCCUGGACAUACUGGUAACCCGUUGACCCACUGCAAUCGUGGUGAAUGCCUGGACAAUGUAGACUGCCGCAGUGACCUGCAAUGCCAAAAUGGCCGUUGUGUUAAUCCUUGCAUUGGAUCAUGUGGCACAAAUGCCAAUUGUGAGGCCAGAAAUCAUGUAGCCGUCUGUAGCUGUCCCCAUGGCUUUAAUGGCGAUCCAUUCACUUCUUGUCGCCAAAAUGACCCAGAGGAACAAUGUCAUCCCAGCCCUUGUGGUGUAAAUUCCAAAUGCGAAAUUCUCAACGGUGUACCCACUUGCUCAUGCUUGCCUGGUUUUGUUGGUAAUCCCUUGAGCGGAUGUCGUCAUGAAUGUGAUCAUGAUGGCGAUUGCAGUGCCCGUGAUAUGUGCAGUAAUUUCAAAUGUGUUCCCGCCUGUAAUCAAUGCGGCACUGGUGCCAGUUGCAAUACUGUUACCGCUCAUCGUGCGGUGUGCGAGUGUCCCAAAGGCUACAUAGGCAGCCCCUAUACUGAAUGUCGCCCUGAGUGUUAUGGUGACUCUGAUUGUCCUGCCAGUAGGCCUGCAUGUUUCUAUGGAAUUUGUAAAAACACUUGUGAUGGUGCUUGUGGUAUUGGGGCAGAUUGUAAAUUGAGAGGUUUGACGCCUGUGUGCAGUUGCCCCCGUGACAUGACUGGUGAUCCUUUUGUUAUGUGUCGCCCAUUUACACCGGCUGAUCUGUGUGAACCCAAUCCGUGUGGCACAAAUGCCAUUUGCAUACCCGGCCAUGAUAAUACCGGACGUGAGCGCCCUGUUUGCAAUUGUCUGCCUGGCCACACUGGCAAUCCUCUCAGCCACUGUUCCAGAGGUGAAUGUCUUAGCAAUAACGAAUGCCCCGACAACAAAGCUUGCAUUAACUAUAGAUGUGUUAAUCCCUGUAUUGGUAAAUGCGGCUCCGGUGCCAUAUGUGAACCUAAAUCCCAUUUGGCUGUAUGCAAAUGUCCCCAUGGCUUUUCUGGAGAUGCUUUGGUGUCUUGCCGCCAAACUACAGUACAUCCAGUGGCACGUUACAUUAAUAACGAUGGCUGCCAUACUUGCGGCAAAUAGACUAAUCACUUUUAAGAUAUGAACUGUCACACUCAAAGCCAAUUAUUCAGUCAUUAUGCAUAUAAUAUAAAGCUCCAAUAAUUUUAACCAAACCUUUCCUAAUUACUACUUAUACAAGUACAAUUAUAUUUGUUGUUUUUCAUUUAUAUUUAAUUUUUUUAAUUAAACAUUUUUAAGUUUUUUUAUAUUAAUUUAUUGCUUCUUUUAGUUACUUCUGCAUAUAUGUAAAUAUAAUAAAUUAAUUGAAUAGACGA